AUGAAGCAUCGUGUUAUUCACCAAUUCAAGAGGGCACACGUUGUCAGCAAUCCCUCGACUGCACGACUCUCACUUGCGCUUCCUGUAGGACGAAAGUGCUACUCGACACAUCCGCCGAAUGCCAAACUAAAUCUGCCUGUCGACUAUGGCACGACUCCUCUCCUCGCACAUAACUCACAGGCUGCUUUGAGCCACAAGGAGCUGCCUGAAAGCAUUCGAAAUGGCCCGACCAAGAAGAUGAACCUGUUUCAGGCCAUCAACGACGCGAUGGGAAUUGCACUAGCUGAGGAUGAGUCUGUGGUCAUUUUUGGAGAGGAUGUUGCUUUUGGUGGUGUUUUCAGAUGUACUAUGAACCUUGCCGAAACCCAUGGUGCCGAGAGAGUAUUCAAUACUCCCCUUACAGAACAGGGUAUCAUGGGAUUCGGUAUUGGUCUUGCUGCGGAAGGCAUGCGACCUAUUGCUGAGAUUCAAUUCGCCGACUACGUCUACCCAGCUUUCGAUCAAUUAGUCAACGAGGCUGCCAAGUUCAGAUAUCGUGACGGGUCCUGCGGGCGAAGUGUGGGUGGCUUGACAGUACGAAUGCCCUGCGGUGGUGUUGGUCACGGAGGUCUCUACCAUUCACAAUCUCCCGAGAGUCUAUUCACACAUAUUCCUGGACUGAAGGUCAUCAUGCCAAGGUCGCCAGCUCAAGCCAAGGGUCUCCUCCUGGCCGCAAUUCGCAGCAACGAUCCCUGUGUGUUUAUGGAACCCAAGAUCCUGUACCGCGCUGCCGUCGAGCAAGUUCCUGUUGGUUCAUACGAACUCCCACUAUCGAAGGCCGAGAUUCUCAAGGAAGGCAAGGAUGUCACAAUCGUCUCAUACGGUCAACCCCUCUACCUAUGCCAAAACGCCAUCAAGCAGGCAGAGCAGGACCUAGGCAUCUCUGUUGAGUUGAUCGAUCUUCGAACUCUGUAUCCAUGGGAUAAACAGACCGUACUCCAGAGUGUUCGCAAGACAGGGCGAGUCAUGGUUGUCCACGAAGCCAUGGUGAAUGCAGGUAUUGGUGCUGAAGUUGCCGCCACCAUUCAAGAAGACCAUGAUACAUUCCUGCGAUUAGAGGCACCAGUCGCUCGAGUUGCUGGAUGGAGUAUUCACUCGCCUUUGCUAUAUGAAAAGUUUAAUGUUCCUGACGUUGCGACCAUGUCGGAUCUAGAGACUGUUUCUGCCUUUGUCGAGGGUGCUCCUCCGGGAGAGCUCGCAGAUGUUAUCGCAGAUAUCAAGUCCCUCACCCUCGAAACCUCCCCCGAUAUCAUUUCCAGCCUCGGUCCCGCAUUCGAAAAGUACAAUGAGGAGCAGUUUGUUACGGUGAAGCUGCCUGGUAGCAGCCAACCAGUCAUUAUUAGCUCUCACAACUCGCUUGGAGACGGCCGAUACUACGAUGUUGAGAGCUCUUCCAGCUUUGCUUUCGACCACACUACGCAGAAAGCUAGUGCCGUGCAAAGCCAUGUUCUGGAGGGAGCUCAAGCGGAUCUUGUUAAAUCCACCCUCAAGAGUAUCGGACCUUACGUUGAUGAGCACUUCGCCAAUGCUGCGCACGGUGUCUACCCAAUCGAGUCGGACUCCAAGAUCGCCAUUGUCAUUGUUGGCAACAAAUAUAGCCCCAACAACUUCUGGAACGGACGCUGGCGCUCGCUUUACAUUCUUGACCCAUCUUCCGGAGCUCUCGAAGGCUCCCUAAAAGUUGACGUACACUAUUACGAAGACGGCAACGUUCGUCUGCUUACCAACAAACCCGUUUCCAGCACCAUCUCCUCUGUCAACGGCACCAGCAUCGUUAAGGAGAUCUCGACCACGGAGAGAAAGUACCAGGAGGAGCUGAACAAGGGCUUCGUGAGCCUCAGCGAGGGAGCCUUCAAGGGCUUGCGACGACAGCUUCCUGUGACGAGACAGAAAAUUGAGUGGGAUCGCGUGACGAGCUACAGGCUGGGUCAAGACAUUGGUGGUGGAAGCUCAAGGAGAUAG